AGCACAAAAUACCUUUCACUUUGACACUACAGUACUACAGUGUAGUUCCACUAAAGUCAUCUAGAGACUAAAGCUUUUAGCGGUGAUGAUGAUACUCACAAAUUUGCUGAUCAAGAAAUUGAUCCUUAUAUAUCUUAUAAUGAUCCUCAUGACAAGUCAGACUCUGACCUUUAUGCCUUUGAUGUCGAAAUCCAAGACACAUCAGGACAUAACAAGUGAUGCAAUUUUACAGACAACAGCUGAUAUCUGUAAGUCACGAGCACUCCGGGAAGGACGAAGUUUUGUUCUGCCAGGUGCAUUGACAGUAAAGUCUGUGGCCGGAAGCUGUUACUCACCUGAUUCAGCCAAAGGUUUUCAAAGCAGCCUAGAGGAGAUAGUUAUAUUCAAUGCCUGGGUCGAUGUUCGGUAUGUUUUUACUGGAAGUUACCAUUUUGACAAUGAGGAGUUUUUAGCUGGACGGAAUCUUAUUACUGAAGGAGUUUCUGCUGUCAAAUACAGUAUCAAGCAACAGAGCUAUCAAGCUGCCAGACAGGCGCUUGGUAAAAUCCUGCACACUUUGCAGGAUUUUUACAGUCAUAGUAACUGGAUUGAACUGGGAAAAAGAGAGCCCUAUUCCAACCUGAUUAAACCAGACACCCCAAUCAGCAACAUAGCAGAUUCAGAAACAUGCAGCAAAUGUAAUGAUGAUGUCUGCACAGGAAACAUUCUGGGGGAGGUCAUUGCACAGCAGAAACUAACAUCAGGAUACUUUGGCUUGUACAAACCAAAAGGAAAGUGCAGUCAUGGAGGAUCAUUAGAUCCAUCAAGUCUGGGGCAAGGUGGCAUAAAUAAGGAUACUACAACCUCCAACCACGGUUAUCUACAUGAAGUGGCAGCAUCAGUGGCCACUGCUGCUACAAGAGAGCUACUGCAAGACAUUAGAGCAGCAGUUGGAGAUGCUGAGUUUCUUAGAAUGUUGAGACUCAGCCAGACUUCAGUGCUGUGCUUUGUUAUCGACACCACUAGCAGCAUGUCUGAAGAAAUUGACGAAGUCAGGGGAGUUAUUUCAUCCAUUAUUGACAGUAAUACAGAAACUGCAACUCAAACUUCACAAUACAUCCUGGUGCCAUUUAAUGACCCUGAUUAUGGCUCACUUACAAGAACAACUGAUCUUAACAUGUUUAAACAGCAACUCAAUUCACUUAUAGCUGCUGGUGGAGGAGAUUCUUCUGAAAUGUGUCUCUCAGCACUUCAGCUCGCCCUCACUGGAUCUCCACCACAGACCAAGAUUUUUGUUUUCACUGAUGGUGAUGCAAAAGAUAAAGUGUUGAAAAAUGCUGUGCAAGCACUGAUUGAGAGAACAAAGUCUGUAGUGACUUUCAUGCUAACUACCUCCGUUAGUUCUCGGCGUCGCAGAAGAAGUGGCAAGCGUGCGGAUGACCAACAACAAGCCUCCCCUCAGCUUUUCAAUUCACAGAUCUACCAGGACCUGGCUCAGGCCUCUGGGGGCCAUGCUAUUGAAGUCACCAAAGACACACUGUCCCAAGCAACUAACAUUAUUGCAGUUACCUCCAGAUCUACACUGGUCACUCUAUUACAGGCUGUAAGAAACUCUACAAAAGCUGAAAGCUUCUCAGUCAUUGUGGAUUCUUCUUUGCAAAAUCUGACAAUUUAUAUCACAGGCAACUCUCCAGAUUACACGAUCACUAGUCCAUCAGGAGUCUCACAGACCAGCACUGAGCUGAAUGGGGCUUUGGGGCUCAUUCAGAAAGUUGGUAACUUUCACACAGUUCGUCCAAAUAUCGCAGAAAAGGCUGGACUGUGGCUCCUCAAUAUUAACUCCAUACAGCCCUACACCAUCAGAGUUGUUGGUCAAAGCGAGGUUGACUUCCUCUUUGACUUUGUAGAACCUUCAGAAGGGCUUCAUGCAAGCUAUGCUCAAUUAAACAGCAGGCCUGUAGCAAACAACAAUGUAACCCUGCUGGUGUCAAUGGUCGGUGGGGACAGUGUGAAGCCUACAGAGGUGUCUCUGGUGGAAGCUUCAAGUUCAAACUCUUUUAAUGGGAUAAUAGAAGAGGUAACUAGUGGGAAGUAUUUAGUGACCUUCAACAGCAUUCCAGCAGGAAAGUUUACUGUUCGUGUGGCUGGACAGAUCAGUUCCUCUAGAUCCUCAGAUAACUUUCAGAGACAGUCACCAACUCAAUUCCAAACAUCAAGUGUGAACAUUACUACUCAACCUGUUGGAACAAUUGAACCAGGAAAACAAUUCACUCUGCCUUUCACAGUCACAACCAAGAGCUCUGGAGGAAGCUUUAAUAUCAGUGUCAGCAAUGAUCGCAAUUUUGACACUCGCUUUAACACAUCCAUAACUCUUGAGAGUGGGGGCAGUGCGAAUGCCACAGUAACUCUGACUGUUCCUGAAAAUACUUCCUCUGGAACUGAUGUCACUGUGACAAUUGAAGCUGAAGCACCAGAUGCAAGUGAUUUCAACUAUGCUGUGCUGCGCAUUGCUAUUGUUGCUCCGGUAAAAGAUGUUAUUCCUCCAGUAUGUGAGGCAGUUACUCUAAAUUCUAACUGCUCAGGCAACUGCAGUCUCUCCUCAUGGUACCUCACUGCCAAUGUGACUGAUGGGUCAGGUAUUCAGAGCGUGAGAGCCCUCAAGGGAAACGGCAUACUCAGCAUCACCAGUGAGCUCAAUGCCACAGGCGUGAAUGUCACUAUGGCAGUUUACGACUCCUCUUGCUGUUUCCGAGACUUGGAAUUGGUUGCUGUGGAUACAGUGGGAAAUGUUGCCACCUGCUUCAAAUCUGCUGCAUCAAGCAUCCUCACUUAUAGUGCAGAAUUUUGCUUGUUUUUACCAGUCUGCCUUUGGCUUAAUAUAGGAGUCUCAAUUUACCGAUUCAUGCAACUCUAAGAAAAAAAUCUAAAUGUAUCUGAAAUGGAAUAAUAUCAGCAUAUUUAGGUCUACAUAAUACCUGUUCAGUAAUGUUUUUUUUAUAGAGUGAGAAGUGACAAUAUGAAAUACACACUCACAAAAUCAGUAAAUAACUGGAAGGAAAUCUUACUUGCCGAAUAUACUCCGUGAUUUUAAACUCUGAAUGUAGUAGUGUCUUAUUGAAGGGUAGUACUGUAUUUUAUAUGAAUAAUUAAAUGUCAAUGCACAUAGAUAACGGUUAUGUUAAGUUGGUUAAAGAAAUUCCUAUCAGAAUGUUUUGCAUGCAAUCCAAAUUUUGUUUUAAUCAUGACACACUCAUGUUGUUAAAGUUUAAAAUAUGAAUGAAUUUUUAAAUUAGUAGGUAAUGUGCAAAGUAAAAGAAAGCAUAUAUGCAAUAUAGUGUUAUAAGUUUUUUAGUAAGACAUUUAUCUAUCUUGUUUGCAGCUGUAUAGGGGAUACACAGUCUAUUUUACUUCCAAAAUGUAAGUGCUAGCAUUUGAAAUGCAAAGAGAUAUACAAAUGAUGAUAAGGGGAUGUUACUUAACUGGUACAAAGUAAUUUGAAACAUUUAUUCCAUUAUACAGUCAUUGUGCUUUAAUUUUUCUUUUUUCUUCAAAACUAUAUAUUGAUUACUGUCUAUAUACUAUAUACUGUCUUGGAAAAAUCUUUUAUGGUUUAUUCAUUACAUACCUUUGUACUACAGUGGUACUUGGAAGUUUGUGAACCCUUAAGAAUUUUCAAUAUUUCUGCAUAAAUAUGACCUAAAACAUCAUCAGAUUUUCACACAAGUCCUAAAAUUAGACAAUGAGAACCAGAAUA